AAUAUUAGGUAGAUCUGGAGUCUGUAACGGCUAGUUCCAAAGUAUCGGUUUGAUUAUUGUAUUAAGCUGAGCACGCUCUUCCAUACAAACACAUUCACACUCACAAACAUAUAUAGAGAGAGAGAAGAAGAAGAAGAAGAAGAAGAAGAAGAAAAGUAGUAGUACAAAACUUUUUGCCUUUUUUCUGAAGGACUGUGAGAAGAUAAUCGCCAUGAACAUUUUCAGGAAGAAGGCUACUCCCAAAGAUGCUCUUCGCACCAGUAAGAGAGAAAUGUCUGUGGCUACACGAGGUAUCGAGCGAGAGAUUUCAUCUCUUCAGCUGGAGGAGAAGAGACUAGUUGCUGAAAUCAAAAAAACUGCUAAAACUGGAAACGAGGCGGCGACAAAGAUUUUAGCACGUCAACUUGUAAGAUUGAGGCAACAGAUUACAAACUUACAGGGAAGCCGUGCUCAAAUCAGAGGUGUAACGACUCACACACAGGCUCUCUAUGCCAGCACUUCCAUUUCUUCUGGUAUGAAAGGUGCAACCAAAGCUAUGGUUGCAAUGAACAAGCAAAUGGCACCAACGAAACAAGCCAAAGUGAUUAAGGAUUUCCAGAAACAGUCUGCACAGCUAGACAUGACGAUAGAGAUGAUGUCAGAGGCAAUUGAUGAAACGCUUGACAAAGAUGAGGCUGAAGAAGAAACAGAAGACCUCACUAACCAAGUUCUUGAUGAGAUUGGUGUUGGAGUUGCAUCUCAGUUAUCUUCAGCUCCAAAAGGUCGGAUCGCUACAAAAACCGCAGCUCCUCCUCCUCCUGCAACUACUACCAACAGCAACAGCUCUGAAUCAAGUGAAGUGGAUGAGCUUGAGAAGAGGUUGGCUUCACUGCGAAGAAUCUGAGAGUCAGCUUUAUGCAUCAUCAUGUAUGAUUAAAGGAAAAGGAACAGCUUCCCUUUUUUUUGUUGCGUGUCAUCUCUGUAUAAAUAAAUCUCUGCUGAAACUCAUAUCAACCCUUUCUCGUGCAAAAUUUGUUUCUCCAAAAUCAUUCUCUAUGUUUAAGUGAAUAAGCUUUCAGUGUGACAGAGAUUGUGGUAAUCACGUCAUCUUUGUGACAACUAACUUAUUACCGUCCCUAGAUCAUAUAAUAAUACACAAUUUCAGUUUCUAUAA